CCGUGAAAGUUAGUGGUUGGCCGGACCACUUACCCUGGAAACGCUCGCCCAUAUAGAAGUGCGUCGCGACGCGGCCGCCAGUUUCGUUCAGCUCCCAUCCCGAAAUCGCCUACACCUUCGCCAUGAAGUUUCUCUCUGUUUUAAUAUUAGCUGUAAUUAUAUCUAUUUACGCCACCGCUGAUGCGUUCGGUGAUCUUUUGGGACAAGAAAUACAAGAGCCAAUUAUCGCCCAUAUCCGCGAGAAGAGGCAAUCGGGUCACUUUCGUACAGUGAACCAAGCUCCACCACCUCAGAUACAGCAACUGAUACACGCUCAACAAUCCCGUCCACCGUUGGUGCCCGUUCCACCGCAACCAAUUCCAAAACUGGGUCCAUCUCAACCCAUCCAGCCUCAGCAAUUAUCACAGGCGCAGGUAUCUCAGUACAAACCGCAAGUGACAUUCGCCUCGGGUGUCCAGCAACCGGAUUACAAAUCGAUUCCAGUGAACAAGAAACCGAUUCUUCCUCAACAACCUCAGUAUCGUCCUCUUCCUCAACAACCUCAGUACCGCCCUGUUCCUCAGCAACCCCAAUACCAACCCCUUCCUCAGCCUAGUUACAAUGCAGCUCCACAAUACAACAGCAAACUGCCACCCCACAUCCAGCAAUUGCUGCAAUUUCAAAAUAGUUUGAGCAACACGAUUCCUGGAAAAGCGUAAUAGGAUUUUUGAGAAAAUUUUAAAAUUGUAUAUGUUCUUUGUUUUGUUUCGUACAAUCUUUUGUUAUUCGAGAUUCGUAUGAAAAAUUUGAUAAAGAGUGUAAAAUGGAAGAUUUGAGUGUCGUUUCUUGAUGAUUAUUGAAAGAUUAUUGAAAGGGAGAAUUUUUUUAACUUCUUCAAUUUUUAACGAGCACGGUGUGUUCAAUUGUAACGUUAGAAUUUGUAAAAUAAAAUUGAAGAUUCGAUGGUGAA